AUGGUACAAAAAUCUCCAAGAAAACAAUCUUCGUCGUCAUCCUCUGUUACUCAGCCCCCACCUACAACAUCGGGAAAUGGCUCUAGCGGUACUGCAGCAAAUAAGGCAUCGGAAAUUGCAGAUAGAAUACUGGAGAAGAGAAAUACAGAGAAGGUUGCAAAAAUCGCCAAGAUGAACCAACUCAAACAAAAGAUAAAACAAAAGAAGGACAAGAAAACGAUUAGGAAAGAACGUAUCCGACAAAGUUAUCUUCUCGCUCAGAAGGAUCUCGAGCAACGAGAGGCUCGGAAACAACAUGCAAUGACUCUGGACGAGCAACUCCGUAAAAGAGUCAAAGCUCAACGCUUACUCAAACAAAUACAACAUCCAAUGAUUCAUCCAGCUCUUUUAACCAAUCUCGUACCAGCAGUCCCUUCAACCAACAAAACUCCAAAUAACACCACUCCUAAUCGUUCCUCCUCCACUCCUAAACAAUCAUCACAGAGCCGACAACCUUCAAAACCAGAGAAUCUAGCCGUCUCCAAUCACAAGCCUUCCUCAUCUUCGCCUGCCAUCAAGAACGUUAGAAAAUCCCCAGCGUCCAAUAACUCGUCCAACAACACAACCACUUCCACCAAUUCAUCUUCCACAACAAACAACACCUCCACCAACUCUAAAUAA